GUACAGUAUCACCGCUUGUACCGAAAACUGGUCGUGUGCUUCAAGGGCAAAAGGUAUAUGGAUGGAUUGACUACAAUUAUAAAGCGCUCAAGAAGUAUGAAGUAUCGAAUUGCUGUAUUCAUGUUUGUAACCGCUAGUUCUUUAGCAAUGGUCUCCGCUUUUAUAGACAAUACUAAGAGUCAAAGGUAUUGGGACGACUACUUCAAACCAGAAGAAGCCGUCCAUAUUCCUAAUAACCACAUUAAAUCAUACAUUUAUAAAGGAGGUAACCGACAUUUUGUUACUCCUGUUUUUCCAGAAAUGGAUGCCAGAGGUUUUCAUGAAUACUUGUUUGAUGGCUUACAACCAGAUUUACAAUGGCCACCAAUAAAAUUUAAAAGAAAUUUUUACCCACAAGGAAUAACUGCAAGAGGAUUCAGCGAUGAUAUUUUACAUCAAAGUUUUGGAUUAUUCGAACCACUUAAAAGAUCCGUAUCGAGGACUUCUUUAUCCGUAUCAAAUCUAUUACGACGUUUAAAUCCUAAUAGUACUGGUCUACCUACGGCAACGAAGCGUCGACCUGAAAUGGACGCAACCGGUUUCCAUGGUGACUCUUUUACAGGAGGAAUGGAUCGAUUUGACACAAUGAAACGCGGAUCCGAAAUGGACACAACCGGUUUCCAUGGUGACUCUUUUACAGGAGGAAUGGAUCGAUUUGACACGAUGAAACGUGGAAUUGAAAUGGACGCAACCGGUUUUCACGGUGACUCGUUUUCAGAAGGCAUGGAUCGGUUUGAUACAAUGAAACGUCGACCGGAAAUGGACGCAACGGGGUUCCACAGCGAUUCCUUCACUAAUGGAAUGGACCGAUUUGAUACGAUGAAACGUCGAUCUGAGAUGGACGCUACAGGUUUUGAAGGCGAUUCUUUUACUGCUUUUGGUCGAUUCGAAACGAUGAGGAAAAAGAAAGCAAACAGACCACCAACUUCAACUCAAUACACAAAAAGUCAUUCUUAAGAGACGUACAUUAUUUAGCGUUUUAUCUACGUGAACCGUAGAAAUAGAUUCAUACUAUACUUAUUUCAUUGUUAUUUUAAUUAAAAUUUAAAAGUUUUUGUUUUAUUUUGCAGAAAAUGAAUUUACUUUUCUUUACUUAUUUAUGUUUCUUUGAAUUAAAAAAUAUAUUAAAAAUACUUAUUAGAAACUAAAAACAUUGAAUUCAAAAAAGCGCAAACAAUGUUAUACGGCUUUUUGAAUUAAAUUUUUUUUUAUUUAUAAAAUUAUAUUUUAAAUAUAUUAUUUAAUUUUAAAUAAUA